AUGGAGCUAGAGACAGUGAAGGAGCAUCGCAUCCUGCGGGCCGACAAGCUGCGGGCGGAUGAGGUGCCAAUCAGUCCACGGCGUUUUCAGCAGAUCAAGGCCAACUGCAUUCGCGUCCAAGAGGAGAUUGAUGCCCAGCUGAAGACGUUGCAACGUCGGCAGCGCCCUGCCGCACUCCACGACGGCGGCGCGCGCGGUGCGCGGCACGUCAGCCCGAAGCGAAGGCGAACGCCGAAAGGUUCCGGUGGCUCACUGCAGGACCGGCUCCGGCGGAAGAUCGCGCUGCGCCGCGCGAGCUCCGAGCCGCUGCUGGACGCCGCUCCGCUCGUGCCGCCAGGGGGCUCGGUGGCGCUGGAGCUGCAGCGGGAGCUGGGGAAGGGGCCUUUGAAGCCUGAGGAGCUCUCUCGCUUCCUGGCCGCCCGGGAGUCCUCCCGCGCCCGCGCCGCUCGGUCGCUUCCGGGCGGCGGCGGCUCGGCUCCGGCGUCGCGGCCGUCCUCGGCGGUGGACUUCGUGACGCGGAACCGGCGGAGUGCCACGGACUUCCAGUGGCAGCAUCGAGUGCAGCUGGAGAUGCAGAACCUCAGGCGCUGUGCGCGGACAGACCUGGCGAAGAAGAAGCGCCAGAUGCAGCUGGAAGAGAUGCACCGGGCAGCGGCGGAGGACUACCGGAACCGUUUCUUCCGCGGGGAUGGAAGCACCUCCGCCGGGCGAGGGCUGCGGCUCCAUGGCGCGGAGGAGGCGGAGGACGAGGCCCGUGUGCAGCUGGCCCUGGAGAAUUUGGCCAAGUACAUGCCUAGCAAGGUCAUGAAGCUGUUCACCAGGCUCUUCGAUCAGGAGACGCUCUUCCAAAUCUUCAGUGGAGAAGUGGCUGACAACAUGGCGAUGGCCUGCAGGCUCUAUGCGCUGGUACGGCGCCUCAUCAGCUGGUCUCGGACCUGGAAGAAGAAGAAGGCGGCGGAGGUCUUGCAGGGCUUCAUGUCCAUCCCGCCGCCCUUGGGAUUUCGAGUGAAGCUGCCGAUCCAACGCUAUGUGCGGCGGCUGAAGGCGCUGCAACGGACCUGGAGGCGCUUUCAGUGGCGCCUGCGCUCCCUUACGAAGCACGUCUAUGAGCAGAUGUGGUUCAAACAAGAGAACGAGCUCUUAGAAGACAUUUUCAUGUUCUGCCCUGGCGAUCAUGCCACCAUUGUCACCUGCCCGAAUCUGCUUGGGGACGAGCCGGAGACCUACAACCUGCCCAGCAAGGAGCACAAGAAGGGGGAAUCGCCCUUGAUGUUUGGGAGGCCCAAAUCGGCCAAGAGAGGAGGAAUGGGUACCGAGGACAUGAUGAAGAAGCUCUUGCUGGAUGCCUUCAGCAACAAGAAGCGAGAGAGCCAAUUUCGGCCGCAGGUGGCGAAGAGCAUCAUCCGCCGAGAGCUUUUGGAACGCCUCUACAACCAUGCCCAGCGCUUGCCUGUUGGAGUCUCCUGGCAGAAGGCGCCCUUCUCGAAGAGCUCCACGCGAGCUGCGAGCCGUGGUCGUGGAGUUGAUCUUUGCCGCGCACCGCGCUUGUGGGGUUUGCCCCACACUGGAGGACCGCUGCGAUGCACUCUUGCCCUGCCCAGCUUGGCGAGUGAAGUCCUUGAAGAAGCUGCUGGGCCCCGGGCGGACCUUGCGCGAGGGCAUCCUGGACCUGCGAACCGCCAGCGAGCGGCCGCGGAACUCCACCACCAGUUCAGCUUCCUCUGCAUCACAAGGCCAAGGGCAGGGCUCGUCCCGUCCAGAAAGUGCUGGCAGCCUGGCUGGGGCGCGUCGUGGGGCGUUUGCUCAGGCUGGAUCUGA